CACCAGUAUGGGGGGUAAGAAAGGAUCUAUCAGCAUUCCCGGGCGUUUCAUCACAAAUCCGAUGGGAUAUAAACUACGAUUCUGCUGUUGAACGGCCCACGAAACCAUGAAGCCACACAAAGCUACACGGACCACAUCAAAAGCCCACACCCCAUAGCCAACACUGGGGAACAGUCAAUCGCCAAUUGAAGGUCACUACCAGACCAGAGAGCGCCCAGAAACCCCAGAUUCAAGAGCAAAGAUGGCUCCCUUCCCCCAAGAUCCAAGCCUGCCCGGGUACAUUUCUCUAUCCACCGAGAAGCUCCAGUCCCUCGCCCAAGACCUCAACCUGCAACCCACCCAGACCCUCAAACAAGUAGCCGCCGCCCUCCAAAGGCGACAAUCCGCCCCAGCAACCACAGUAACCGUGGUAUCCGACUCCGGCGGCGGCGGCGGAAAGGGGUCCUCGCUCAGCGGCGGCGCCAUCGCGGGCAUCGUCAUCGGCUCCAUCGCGGGGUUCCUGCUGCUGUGGUGGAUCGUCUACUCGUGCACCAACAUGGGCGCGCCGCCGCGCGGCGAGCCGGCGGCCCAGCAGGCCGCGUGGUACGACGGCGUCCGCGACGAGUACCCACCGCGCAGCCCCGGUCGCCGGUCGUCGCGCAGCCGGUCGCACCGGAGGAGGUCGACCGAGGUCAGGCACUCGAGGCCCGUCGCCGUCGUAGCUGGGGGGAGCCCCAGGGCACCGACGUAUGUGUAUGAGAGGGAUGGUAGGGAUGCGAGGAGCGGGAGGUCGAGGGAGCACCGGAGUCGGAGUCGGUACUGAGGGGGAGGUUUGGUAGCGAUGGGUUUCCGAUGCUGAGGGGAGGUUGGAAGACGGUUGGGAUUAGGCUGUCGAGUGAGAGAGAGGACGACCUCGAGGAGACUUUUGAGUUAUUGAGAUUCUUCGAUCAUCGGCACAGAGGAUAUACAUGUCUCUGUCACCACUUAUUUUCCUUGGGUGUACCACUCCAGACAUGGGUUUUUCUUUCAUCAUGGUUGACGUGGACAGGGGCACGACGAUAGGAUUGGUGACUCAAGGAGGCGUUGAACGGAAUCGAUUAAGCCACCGGCGUUU